AUGACGUUAACCCAGUGUAGGGAAGUUGAAAGARAGUUUCGAGAGUUUAAUAUCCUACAAUUGCUCUUCAAGGUGGCACAUGAACCACCACCACCACCACCACCACCGUCACUGCUACUGCUGCCGCCGCCACCGCCACCACCACCCACCACCUCUUUAAAUCAACUCUCACUGUUGUUUUCAAAGUUGAGAUUGGAAGAAAUCCGGUCGGAUUACGUGUGUUUCGUGAGUUUAAUGAAGACGAAGAAAGAAGAUAUCACUCGAGGGCUAAAGUUCGAUAGCGUUCAAAACAAAGAAGAUCUUGUGGUCCGGGUCGGAAACAAGGUUUUGCCCGUCAACGAAUCAACCACACCGCGAUUCCCGAACCCGAGUCCCRAUGCGAAGAAAGAAAAAGGAGAUAGAACAAAAACCGUUUCUAGAAUGAUCGAGUUGUUGAGGUGGGCUGCCGCGGUAAAAUCCGAGAAGGGUGGGAAAUACAUUGCUCGAAAGGUGUCGCAGUUCAGAAACAGAACGACACUUAAAUCCAUACAGGAUGUCGACCAAAUGACCAACGAGUCUCCAAAGAUUAGUUUCAGAUGGGAAUUAGAGAGUUGUUUGACGUUCUCUUCUGCAUUGUCG